CAGCCCUUCUGCUCGGGUUACAAGGCAAGCCCAUGAUAUCACCGCUCACUGGGGCUGGAGGGGCCGGCUCUUGGGAGGGGUUUGCUUCCCUGGCUCCAGUGAAAUUGGCCAGGAAGCAGCCGCUUCCCGCACCACAUCGCUCCGGCUGCGGGAGGCUCCCAGCGCCGCGGGCACCGCUCGGCUCGGCCCGGCAGGAAGAGCUCCAUGCGGCAGGACCGGGCAUCGCUCCCCGCCGGCGCAGCCCAGCGCUAACGCCAAGGCCAGGCCCGCAGCACCUCCCUGCACCGACCGGCAGCUGCUAGCAGAGGCUUUGGCCCUGAGCACUGAAGAUGGGCAGAUCCCUGGCUUUCAUCUUCAUCCAUAACCACUGUUUCAUCGCGCUGCUCCUUGCCUCCUUGAGCCCGCCGAGCCUUGCCCAGUACGAACACUGGCCCUACCUCCCCGGGUACCCUGAGCCCCCCCCCCAGGUGUACCAGCCCCCCCAGAGACCAGCCAACGUGCCCAAGAUCCAGCUCCGGCUCGCAGGGCAGAAGAGGAAGCACAACGAGGGCCGGGUGGAGGUGUUCUACAGCGGCGAGUGGGGCACCGUGUGCGACGAUGACUUCUCCAUCCACGCCGCGCACGUGGUCUGCAGGGAGCUGGGCUACGUGGAGGCGGUCUCUUGGCUACCCAGCUCCAAGUAUGGGAAGGGAGAAGGGAAGAUUUGGAUGGACAACGUCCACUGUAACGGGAAGGAGCCCACCCUGGCUGCAUGCACUUCGAACGGCUGGGGAGUGACUGACUGCAAACACACCGAGGACGUGGGGGUGGUCUGCAGUGAAAAGAGAAUCCCUGGCUUCAAGUUUGACAACUCCCUGCUUAACCAAAUAGAGAACAUGAACAUCCAGGUGGAGGACAUCAGGAUCCGUCCCAUCCUCGCCACCUACCGCAAGCGGGUGCCCGUCACGGAGGGCUACGUGGAGGUGAAGGAUGAAGGGGCCUGGAAGCAGAUCUGUGACAAGCACUGGACCAUGAAGAAUUCCCGCGUCGUCUGUGGCAUGUUUGGGUUCCCGAGCGAGAGGAAAUACAACACCAACGUCUACAAGAUGUUUGCCAGCCGGAGGAAGCAGCUUUACUGGGCGUACUCCAUGGACUGCAGCGGGAACGAAGCUCACAUCUCCAGCUGCAAACUGGGCAACCACCUCAACGUGGAUGCGGGGAAGAACGCCACGUGUGACAACGGGAUGCCUGCGGUCGUCAGCUGCGUCCCGGGCCGGGCCUUCGCCCCCAGCAGCCACAGUGGCUUCCGAAAAGCCUUCAGGCAGGAGCAACCACUGGUGAGGCUGAAAGGAGGAGCCAACACUGGCGAGGGCCGAGUGGAAGUGCUGAAGAACGGGGAGUGGGGAACAGUUUGUGAUGACAACUGGAACCUGGUGUCGGCCAGCGUGGUGUGCCGGGAGCUGGGCUUCGGCAGCGCCAAGGAGGCCAUAACAGGAGCCAGGCUCGGGCAAGGCAUGGGUCCGAUCCACCUAAAUGAAAUCGAUUGCACUGGCUUUGAGAAGUCAGUCACAGACUGCAAGUUCAACAUGGAGUCCCAGGGCUGUAACCACGAAGAAGAUGCUGCUGUGAGAUGCAACGUCCCAGCGAUGGGCUUCCAGAAUCAGCUGCGGCUGAGCGGCGGCCGCAACCCCUACGAGGGCCGGGUGGAGGUGCUGGCCGAGCGCAACGGGACCCUGCGCUGGGGCACGGUGUGCAGCGAGAACUGGAGCACGGUGGAGGCCAUGGUGGUGUGCAGGCAGCUGGGGCUGGGCUUUGCCAGCCAUGCCUUCCAGGAAACCUGGUACUGGCACGGGGACAUCGGCGCCGACAGCGUCGUCAUGAGCGGCGUCAAGUGCUCGGGGACAGAGAUGUCCCUGGCCCACUGCCGGCACGACGGAGCCCACGUCUCCUGCCCCAGAGGAGGCGGCCGCUUCGGGGCUGGCGUCUCCUGCUCAGAGACCGCCCCUGACCUGGUGCUGAACGCGGAGCUGGUGGAGCAGACGGCGUACCUGGAGGACCGGCCCAUGUUCAUGCUGCAGUGUGCCCUGGAGGAGAGCUGCCUGGCCAGCUCGGCCGCCAACACCUCCCUCACGUCGGGCUACCGCCGCCUGCUGCGCUUCUCCUCCCAGAUCCACAACAACGGCCAGUCCGACUUCCGACCCAAGAACGGCCGCCACGCCUGGGUCUGGCACGACUGCCACCGGCAUUACCACAGCAUGGAGGUGUUCACCCACUACGACCUGCUGAGCCUCAACGGAACCAAGGUGGCCGAAGGGCACAAAGCCAGCUUCUGUCUGGAGGACACCGAAUGUGAAGCAGAUGUGCAGAAGCAGUACGAGUGUGCCAACUUUGGGGAGCAAGGCAUCACCGUGGGGUGCUGGGACGUGUAUCGGCACGACAUCGACUGCCAGUGGAUCGAUGUUACCGACGUCCCACCAGGGGAUUACCUCUUCCAGGUUGUCAUCAACCCAAACUAUGAGGUUGCUGAAUCUGAUUACUCGAACAACGUGAUGAAAUGCAGGAGCCGCUACGAUGGGCAGCGCAUCUGGAUGUACAACUGCCACAUAGGUGGCUCCUUCAGCGAGGAGACAGAGCAGAAGUUCGAUCACUUCAGUGGACUCACAAACAACAAGGUGUCCACCCGAUAGACGGGCAGCGCCUCCCACCCCACUAUUUAAAGAAGCGAGGUUUCCUGAACCACUGCACACACACAAAUCAAGCAAACAAUCAAACUCUGCAUUAGCCAGGUAAAUUAUUUCCUACAGGUGCCUUCCUCCCCGGUUUAGGUGCUCAGACCACCGUGUGUCUCCUGUAACUACCCCAGGUAGUUAGGAGCAGGCUUUUAGACUCUACUCGGCUCUGUAUCUUCACCAUUCCAACCUUCACCACAAAGACUUCUCCCUCCACUUCGCAGCACCAUCUUUAUUCACAGACAUAGGUCCAGGCUGCAGCAAGCACAAACUGUCUUUAGGUGCCAACAACCUAAAUAUGUCUUUACCAUUCAUUUUCCUCAAGGCAUUAAUCUUGGUAUCUUUAAGCUCUUUGACUCAAGCUUGAACACACUGCUGGCGCAAAGGCCUCCACUGGUGACACUGCUUCUUGACCGCAGCUAAUCCUCAGUGCUCCCAUGGCAGGACUUCUUCAUUUUAGCACAGAAAUACAGGAAAGGAAAGGAAUGGAGCAGCUUUUCUGAGCAGAACAGUGUAAGCAUCAUUUAAUACUGCCGUGAAACUCUUGCAUUCAACAAUCAACUCCCCACACAGUCUCGUUAAGUGGAGCAGCUAAUGCAGAAUGGUCCUUCUGCAAGUGGAUCAGGGCUCCAUGAAGCUACACCUCCCCUGGAGCAUCUCCAAGACUCUGCAGACCCAACGAUGAGUCCGCUGGCCACAAUUUCCAUUACACAGUAAGCUUUUCAUCCCAUAGAUUCUACAUACAUCUAAGUAUUACCUUCUAAGCUGGAUAUUCACUCUGUUCUUUAAAGGAUGCAUUUAGUUAAGGCAUUGUAUCAUCACUGUACCUUACAGAGGUAACUUCAUGGCUUUUCUCAUCAGGGAUCUGGACCUGUGCUGUCACAGACCCACCUGUGUAAGUUGACUUUAAAGGAUUUGAACACUUGGUAAAUUCACAAUGGUGCUAAGUGUGUUCCUCUGUUUGUUUGAGGCCACACAUCGCUACAGAUCUGCAGACACAGCUACUUGAAUAAAAGCCUUUUACCCAGAA